AUGAGAAAAGCUGUCAUGGCAACGCUUGAUCACUAUUGUUCGAGCGAUAAAUCUCCUCGCCACAAGAAUUGUCCGUCAGGCGCCGACAGCUGGUGUGAAUGGCGCAAAGCUGAAGUCACGAAUUCUCUUGCGUCUUUCAAACAUCCUGCUCGAUUGAUUGACGAAAAUGUGGAGAAACAUAUUCGUCCAAUCUACGAGGAACUUGCGAAUGAUAAACUUUUGACACGAUGCUUAGGGAGACAUACGCAAAAUUCGAACGAAUCUUUCAAUUCUACCGUCUGGCGCAUAAACCCAAUACAUCUCAAUUCUGGUGAAAAAAUCGUUGAAAUUGCUGCAUAUAUGGCUGCAGGAAUGUUCAACGAAGGAUAUUCUGCAGUUUUAAAUAUUAUGCAGCAGUUCGAUUUAAAAAUUGGCCAAAUUUGCAAGAUGUCUGCGGAUAACAUCGACGCACGACGAAUCGAGAGGGAAAAUCGGCGUACGUCCUUUUCCAGCAAGGAAGCUCGCACGGCCCGUAGACUCAAGCAACUCCAUCAAAACGAGUUUUUUGAGGAAGAAGAAGGUUUACUUUAUGGCGCAGGGAUAGCUGAUUAG